AUGAAGCUUCUGCUGCUUGCCGCGCUCGGUUGCGUGUGCUCGGCCCAUCGCGAGCCAAGCAGCGACGACUAUUACAAUUUCGAGCAGAUCCGUCGUCACGACGACGACGACGACUACUACUACUACACUGAUCGCCGGUGGCUGAUCGAUCGCGAGAAGCUCGCCGAUCACGUCCGGACUGUCGUAGACCGUGGUAGAUCGAUAAACGACGAGGCAUGGUACGAAAAGAGGGAUGAUCGGAUCGGCGGGCGAGCGCGUCGCUUUCGCCUCGAGAACCCGCAGACCCAUCAUCUGAUCCGACACGGUCGCCGACAGUUCCGAUCGAUGGAUCAGAACGCGCCCACGCAGAUCAACUGGCCAGUGAAGAAAGAAGCGGUGGUCGAGGGUGAUCUGGUGAUCGGUGGUCUGAUGAUGGUGCACGAGAGGGAGGACACGGUCACGUGCGGCCCGGUGAUGCCGCAGGGGGGCGUGCAAGCCCUCGAGGCGAUGCUCUACACCUUGGACAAGCUGAACGAGGACGAGGGUAUCGUGCCAGGUGUGAAAAUCGGGGCGCACAUCCUCGACGACUGCGAUAAGGACACGUACGGCCUCGAGAUGGCCGUCGAUUUCAUAAAAGGUGAGUAAACGUUGGACACGUUCUCCUCGUCGUUUUGCUCGACGAUUACUUCUUCACAUCUUCCCCUUUUCUUUUCUUCUUUAUUUUUCUCAGAGGCAGGAUUAUUAAGAUUACACCUCGUAGAGGAUAAGGCUCUAGAAAUUUGA